GACUUGUUUUAUUCGUAAUUUUGUUGCAUUUACUCCACAUUUUUAAUAUCGACCCAAUUCCGUGUUUCAGCAAUCAGCAAACCAACAACAAUACACAUCGCUUCUCUUUGCUGCAAAAAGAAAAACCUCUUUUCUCCCUCGAUCGUAUCAAUAUGGCGACGAUCGGACACAAUAAUCUCAACGCAAAAUUGGUUUUGCUUGGGGACAUGGGAGCUGGUAAAUCAAGUCUCGUGUUGCGAUUCGUCAAAGGCCAAUUUCUAGAAUUCCAGGAAUCGACGAUCGGAGCGGCGUUUUUUUCGCAAACCCUAGCAGUGAAUGAUGCAACGGUGAAAUUCGAGAUCUGGGAUACGGCGGGUCAAGAAAGGUAUCAUAGUUUGGCUCCUAUGUACUACAGGGGCGCUGCAGCGGCAAUCAUUGUCUACGAUAUCACUAGCGCGGAUUCAUUUACACGGGCUAAAAAGUGGGUUCAAGAACUUCAAAAACAAGGUAAUCCAAACAUGGUAAUGGCACUUGCUGGAAAUAAAGCUGAUCUUGAAGACAAGAGGAAAGUAACAGCAGAAGAGGCACGUGUAUAUGCUGAGGAGAAUGGACUUUUUUUCAUGGAGACAUCUGCUAAAACUGCUGCUAAUGUUAACGAUGUAUUUCAUGAAAUUGCCAAGAGAUUGCCUAGAGCUCAGCCUACUCAAAAUCCAGCAGGAAUGGUUCUUGUUGAUAGACCAGCUGAAGGAGCUCGUGCUGCAUCUUGCUGUUCAUAAGUAAUGUUUUUAAAUUCUUCUUCAUUCAUAUCGUUUGUAGUUGCUUUUUUCUUUUUUAAUGUGUAUUUGCCAUUGAAUGAUUACGGGAAUAGCAUGGAAAUUUGAUGUCAAUAAAAUGUUAAAGGUGUAAGUUGUUCCUUUUGGUUAUGA